AGAAUUGCAAAUCCUAAAAAUAAAAAGAAAAAAAGGAUUAAAUGAAAAAUAAAUUGAAAUCCGAAUCGAUCGAUUUCGGAUUCUAGAUCCGCCAAAACAACCCGUUAGAAAUCACAGCUCUGAGCCCAAAUUUUGAAACGACGCCGUAUCCUGCUUCCCCUUCCCCCUUCCCGCCAUGGUCGCACAGGUGGCGGAGCCCCAGCCAUCUGCCCCCCAGCAAUUUCAGGCCGACGCCGACCCGCCGCCGAUUGCCAGCGCCAAGACGCUGAUAUGCGCCCUCAAUUUCAUCUCCCGCAAUCUGCCUCUGCCGCAGCACGUAUACGACGCCGUUUCCUCCAUCUGCGAAGCCGACGCUGCUCCUCAAUUGGCUGCUGAUGGAGCUGAUCGCGACGUCGGCGCUGAUGCCAGCAACGGGUCGACAUCGCCGCUGCCAAAGGAAAAAUUGGGCCAUUCAACUUACAAUGAGUUAAUGUUGGAUUUUGAGGAUGCAGUGUCGGACCAGAGAUCAGCUUGUUUGCCUAGUUCCAAAUUGUCAGACUUAAAGGAGACUAGGUUUCAGAGCCAAGUAAAGCAUCGGUUAGCCGAACUUGAAGAAUUACCUACAAGUAGGGGUGAGGACCUGCAAUCCAGAUGCUUGCUUGAACUCUAUGGACUUAAGUUAGCUGAGCUCCAGAGCAAAGUCCGUUCUGAAGUGAGUUCUGAAUAUUGGCUUCGACUGCAUUGUGCAAAUCCUGACAAGCAGCUUUUUGAUUGGGGAAUGAUGAGAUUGCGCCGACCUUUAUUUGGCAUCGGGGAUGCUUUUUCUUUGGAAACAGAUGACCCAUUGAAGAAGAAACGAGAGGCUGAGAGGUUUUCAAGAUUUGAGGAGGAAGAGAAGAAUCGGAUAGAGACUAGGAAAAGAAAAUUCUUUGCUGAUUUACUUAAUGCUGCACGUGAAUUGCAAUUGCAAGUACAGGCUGCCCAGAAACGGCGAAAACAGAGAAACGACGGUGUUCAGGCUUGGCAUGGAAGGCUGAGGCAACGAGCUACACGAGCUGAAAAGUUGAGGUUCCAAGCUUUGAAAGCUGAUGAUCAAGAAGCUUAUAUGAAAAUGGUUGAGGAGAGCAAGAAUGAGAGAUUGACAAUGCUCCUUGGAAAAACUAAUGAUCUUUUAGUUCGUUUGGGUGCUGCUGUUCAACGUGAAAAAAAUGCUACCUAUGAUGAUAGCAUCGAACCCCUGGAAGGUUCAGAUGCUGAUUUGCCUGAGUUAUCUGCUUCGAGGACUGAUACACCAGCACAAUCAAUUCCUGAGGAAGAUGAAGAGAUUGAUGAUGAGUCUGAUGAUAAAGCAAAGACUGGUGAUUUAUUAGAAGGGCAGCGGAAGUAUAAUUCUGCUGUACACUCUAUCCAGGAAAAGGUGAUGGAGCAACCUUCCAUGCUUCAAGGUGGAGAGUUAAGAACAUACCAAAUUGAGGGGCUUCAGUGGAUGUUGUCUCUAUUCAAUAACAAUCUAAAUGGAAUUUUAGCUGAUGAAAUGGGCUUGGGAAAAACAAUUCAGACUAUCUCCCUGAUUGCUUAUCUCAUGGAAAACAAAGGCGUGAAUGGGCCACACUUGAUUGUUGCCCCAAAAGCCGUUCUGCCAAAUUGGGUUAAUGAAUUCACUACUUGGGCUCCUAGCAUUUCUGCAGUUCUUUAUGAUGGACGUUUAGAUGAACGAAAGGCCUUGAGAGAAGAGUAUUCAGGAGAGGGGAAGUUCAAUGUUUUGAUCACCCAUUAUGAUCUCAUCAUUAGAGAUAAAGCAUUUUUGAGGAAAAUUCACUGGCACUACCUGGUUGUUGAUGAAGGACAUCGACUUAAAAAUUAUGAUUGUGUUCUUGCACGGACUCUGGUUUCAGGAUACCGAAUUCGACGGAGACUUCUUUUGACUGGAACUCCUAUCCAGAAUAGCUUGCAGGAACUGUGGUCCCUACUUAACUUUCUCCUUCCUAAUAUCUUCAAUUCAGUCGAUAACUUCGAGGAGUGGUUUAAUGCUCCCUUCGCCGACAAAUGUGAUGUCAGCUUAACAGAUGAAGAACAGCUGCUAGUCAUCCGACGUUUGCACCAUGUCAUUAGGCCAUUCAUUUUGAGGAGGAGGAAGGAUGAGGUCGAAAAGUACCUACCUAGUAAAACUCAGGUCAUACUUAAGUGUGACUUGUCCGCAUGGCAGAAGGCCUAUUACAAGCAAGUGACCGAACAGGGAAGGGUUGGUCUCUCUCAUGGUAGUGGUCGCUCCAAAAGCCUUCAGAAUCUGACAAUGCAGCUCCGGAAAUGUUGUAACCAUCCAUACCUGUUUGUUACGGAUUAUUAUAUGCAGAAGAGUGAGAACAUUGUUAGGUCAUCAGGAAAAUUCGAGCUUCUUGAUCGCCUACUCCCCAAACUUCAUAGAGCCGGGCAUAGAGUCCUCCUUUUCUCCCAAAUGACUAAGCUCAUGAGCAUACUCGGAGAUUAUCUGAUGCUGAAAGGCUAUCAGUUCCUUAGACUUGAUGGCACUACCAACACUGGUGACAGGGGUGAACUACUGAAAAAGUUCAACGCACCUGACUCACCUUACUUCAUAUUUCUCCUAAGCACUCGUGCUGGGGGACUUGGUCUCAAUUUACAGACCGCAGACACAGUCAUCAUUUUCGACAGUGACUGGAACCCUCAGAUGGACCAGCAGGCGGAAGAUCGUGCCCAUCGUAUUGGCCAGAAGAAGGAGGUCAGAGUUUUUGUGCUCGUCAGUGUUGGAUCUGUCGAAGAAGUUAUCUUGGAAAGAGCUAAGCAGAAGAUGGGUAUCGAUGCCAAGGUCAUCCAAGCAGGACUGUUUAAUACAACUUCCACAGCUCAAGACAGGAGGGAGAUGUUGGAGGAAAUCAUGCGUAAAGGCACAAGUGCGCUUGGAGCAGAUGUGCCAAGUGAAAGAGAGAUCAAUCGCCUGGCAGCCCGGACAGAAGAGGAGUUUUGGCUAUUUGAAAAGAUGGAUGAGGAGAGAAGGCAGCGAGAGAACUACAGGUCCCGUCUCAUUGAAGAACACGAGGUACCAGAUUGGGUCUUUGCAGAGCCAGAGAUAAACGGCAAGGGUAAAGGAUCUCUAGACCAAGACUUGCCUGUUACUGGGAAGAGACACAGGAAGGAGGUGAUUCGUGAGGAUGCCAUAAGCGAUUCACAGUGGAUGAAGGCUGUGGAGAACGGAAAUGAUGGGUCUAAACAUGCUGCUAAAAGGAGAAGAGAGAAUCCUCCCAUUGAACUACCCAUAUAUAAUGUUGCUGUGGAGAAGAAGGUGGUGGAGCUCAAGAGUGAGACGACGGCAUCCAUGGCAAGUGAGGCCAAGAGUGAAGAAACCUCUGGCUGGACCUCCCAGAGGUCCAAAUCCGAAGCCGAAAGUUCUAGAAGUGGGUUGGAAGCUUCGGAAACUGGGUUUAAUGGUUUGACAUGGAAGGCACAUAAAAGGAAGAGGUCGAGCUUGGUGUAGACUAUGGGUAGACUGUUUCUUUGAAGCAUUAGAAUCUUUAGGGAUUAGAUAAGUUACUUUGAUAAAAUUGCAAUCGUUAUCAUUGAUAUUAUAUUUUCUUGCAGAUUUGUUAAAUGUUUGAAGCUGUAAAUCUACUCUUUCUUCAGCAGCUCUGCAAAUUGAACCUAGUACUAAUAGCUGUUCGUAAUUUAUUCAGUGUUUCAAAGCAA